UCGGUUAGCUAUGUCUAACGCUUGAAUAUAUUUAAAAUGAGUAGCGUUACAUCAUUACUUUGGCAUAAACUUAUUUAGUUUUCACUUGUCGUUUACAACGAAUGUCCUUUGGCAGUAUAUCGGCAUGUCUCAAAUCACUCCAGAUGGGGGCAGUGUUACACCGAGCAUGCCGAGAUGAAAAACACAAGGAAGAGACGUCCUGUUGGCUGGUCCUCCUGAGUUCAAAUUUACAAGCGGGACAAAUAGCUAUCUAUCUAGGCUCUGUAGUCUGUAAAAUUUCAAUAACAUGGAAUUUGACGAGAGCGUCUUAAUCCAACGUACAAACGCUGCAAAGCUAGCUACAGAGGCAGAAGCCAGGCAGCGGAUGACUCUCCACUGUCAGCAAUGCAACACGGUCCUGGGGGACUCCCUCGGCGUCUGUGGGGAGAUUACAUGUCUGGACGCUAUCGUGUGUAUAAGAGUAACCGAGGAUGUGGUCAUUAGUGAUGCAGUGGAGUCAGGAGAUAAAGAUGUAAUGGCUAAUUGCAUCUACAGUUCUCUAAUAUGCCGCGGCUGCCGCUGGGCUGUGGGGAAAGUCAUUCACUCCGCCCCGUCGCGUUUGGCCACGGUUCGCGCCAUGUUCCUCCUCUACAAAGCAAACACCAGUUGUUACAUCCUCAACAGCUGCUCAAUGGUGAAGGCAUCCACACUUACAUUUGAUCUGAAGCCCCUCAGCGAAAGCAUGAAUAAGGUGAGGCAGCAGUUUGAAGGGCACUUGGAUCAGAUCUCUCUCUUUAAGAGCAGACUGGCUGACAGAAGAGUGACCAGGGAAUUUGUCUAGUAGUAUGAACAUGCCAUCUCCACUGUGCCUAGUCCUGGGAUUAGGGAUAUUAGUUCUAUAGUCUGCUCCCCAAUCCCUCUUGCAUUCUUGUUUGUGUUCUAAUUUGUGUUUUUUCUGUUUUCAUUAAACGUUUGACAAUGCAGGAAUUGCCUUCUGCGUUAUUCAUUAGUUA